AUGGCACUUGCUCUCCAGAUUUCAAAACAUUUGAUCAGGAAAGGAGCGUUCUCGGGCCUUACCCAGCUUAAUGCCUGCAGAACUUUGGUCUGCUCUUCAAAUAACCUGGCUAAACUUGGAACCGGUAUGUUUAAUGGUCACUUCGUUACACUGUCCGAUUACUGAUGCAAGACGAACACGUAAGCUACUGGUUAAGAUGGAAACUUGCCUAGGUCUAUUUUACAGUAGGCAUUUUUCGAAAAGCAGAUGACUUGCAAUUUUUUGCGCCUUUGCUGAGUUCUAGCGGCUAAUGGCCGAUAUUGUUUGUUCUGUACAGUUUUCUGUUCUGUAUGCUCUUUUAUCGGAGCUCUAAGACUCCGUAUCUUCUUAUUACCUUUUUAAUGUACGUCAUCCGGGGUCUUAGCCAUGUUUUCGUCAGUGAAGUUCAGGGAUUUAAUCUUUAUAUGUUACGCUUUCGUCUCCCCCGACCACUGUUAUCGGUACCUGCAUUUCCAUAGCUCCACAGCCAAAUUUGAAUGGCAUGAUGCUUCCCUCGACCCACUGGACAAUCGAGAGGGUUGUUGCUAUCUCAAUGCUCCCAAUGUACCCGAUCGCCCUCAUUUACGAACCCCUGGGGAUGGAGUACGUUGUUGCUGCGGCAGUUUCCCUUCAUGCCUACUGGUGGGUCUCGUCCCUCUUCUUGUCCGCCGAUUUCUUUAUUGGCAAAUCGUCAUGUUUUCUAGUUUGUUUUGAUGCCCGGCCCUCUGACAAAUUGAUUAGGCUACUGUAUGCUAUCAUGCCGGGCAGGCCCCAAGGGUCAUUACGACCUCCCUACACGAGUCGUUCGAAAGUCUGACUGGAUGGCCUGUGGCCACCAUAUGACUGAAAGACGAUUGAUCUGGCCUAGCCACCCCUUUUUAGCAUCUAGCGGUACUGAGAACGACGAAAGCACCUCUCAUUUCCUUUUUCUCAUGUACACCUCAGAUGCUUUCACAAGACCCCCCACAAUUUUAAUCAUCGUAGUUGGUGAGGAGGCAUGAAAUCGGUUGCCUACUUUGGACGGCCAGUGGCAUACCUCUCGGCUUGCAGUUUUUAAGUUGUGGCGAGCUGCCUAGCAUGCCCUUGUGAACUCCUCAUCCCAUUGGGCAGAUAAGCGACUAGGACGAAAGUGAAUUGCACGGAGGGUGUUUGCGGUAUGGCGACAAAGGUGGCAACCUUGACGUUCAUUGGGGAUUUGAUGUAUGAUGCUUGGCGUAAUCUGUGUUUGCUGGUCAGCUCUCGCCAUUUACUCAUACAGCAAAUUGCACUAAAUCAACUAUGACUUAUACUAACUGCAGGUGAAAUCGGCGUGCCAAGGUCCGCAAUAACGUGAUACAUUAGCAGAGCGGUGCGACGGGGAUGAGGGCCGUCCGAUAACAUCCUAAGAAGUAAACGAUGAGGAACCGAGGUGUUAACAAAGCAUUCGACCUCUGAUUCAUCCCUAUUGCUGCAGAUGAUACGGUCAGUAAUUAGAGCGGCCAAGGCCUUGUUGCCCAGUGUGCAUUGAUGGACCGAACGCUGCUACAGAAGGGGAGAAGUAGAAGCUAGGCCUGCCUACCCUCUGGCAUUUUCCUCUCGCCUGUUCACUUAACCACAGAUUAUUCGGCUUUACCUAUUUUCUUUUUAUCUCACACCGACGGGUGAUUGCCUAAGCCAGUUAUUCGCCCGAAUAGUGCGCAUGUGUAGGGUACGAAAGGGCUUCUGUUGUUAACUCUCCAUUUUGUAUUUUCUUGUCGCGCAGUUACUGUUGCUUUAUUUUUUAGGGGUUUCGGUGGUGUGAUUCGUGACUAUGUCAUGGAGCGGAGGUACGGCCCCAAACUCCAGCCCAUCCUCAUGGUAAUCUGGAAAGUCUUCUGCGCCGCUGGCUUCGCCGGCUUCUGCUAUUUCAACUAUUACGACAUGGGCGUAAUCAAAGGAGUCAAGAAACUGUGGCAUUUUUGAGCUGUUACUGUGGCACCCAAGUUGCGACAGUAUAAUAACGUCCCAAAGAGUUUCCUGUGCGGUUGUAGUUUAAUAUUUUAUGCCAUACUUGCUGCUCGUUUGCGCCUACUAGUUAUUUCUUCGUUUGUAAUCUCAAAAGUUGUACCAUUUAAAAUCUACACGGUGUUACCACUUAACUUUUAUUUUAAAAUUGUCCAGCUGAUUCGUUUUCGUCGCGGGCUUGAACGCAAAUGACCAUAUUUCCGUUAUCUGAAAAAGGAUAAAGACUUGAUUAAGCUGCAUUCGAAUUAGCCUAGAUAAAUUGCAGUUCUCGAUUUCACAUUAUGACCUGUUUUUUAUGCUCAAAAGUAUCCAACAGGACAUCCAAGAUGUAUCUCAAGGCCUCCGUAGUCGUUUGCGGCCUGUUUUCUUUGCAUAUGGGUGCGCUUUGGUGGCGUUAUGCUCAUUUUGCCUGAGAAAUCGCUUCAAGAUAGAUGUCGGUUUCUAUAGUCCGACUGACUUUAAGGAUCCCUAGGUAGUUUUAGAUGCAGCUUUCUAGUGCUUUGCCCUUCUAAUUUGCUUUAACUACUUAGUAGGUUGUCUUUUGUCACUGGGAGGUGGUAGGUGGUUUGGUCUGUUCGGCGUCGGCCUGCAUUGGCUCGUUCUUUUUCCGCUCCUGCUGUCAUCCUAUUCUUGUGUCUGACCGUUUGCUAGGCCGUUUGACCUUUGAUAUAUUUUUGUUCGCUAGACCGCCACUUAUCUCGUUUGCCUGUGCUGACUCACUACAACGAUGUCCUUUAGCCACGUCAACCGAAGCGUGACAAUCAAGCAUGGGUUCUCAAGUCGAUACCUUAGGGUCUUUUCGCAUUUUGUAGAGGAAUGCGUGGAAACGAGUUUGGACGUAGUGAGGAGUGCGCUUGUCAGUUGAAGAGCCCCAUGACAGUACCAACGACCGAGUGCGUUUGUCGGCAGUUCUUGUCUUUGGAAGACAUUUUGCAUGCAUCGUCUCACGCCUCAACAAACUGUUCUGAGGUGUUUCUCUGGACCCCGUCUUGCCAGCACGCCUAUGAGGGACACUGGGUAAAAUCCGCUGGCAGACCACAACUGUAUGCAAGGGCUUGUUCAGGGCACUAUGAAGUUUCCUGGUUUUUGCCAAGAAAUUUGUGCAGGUCAGCGGGUUGAUUAGCUGUUCGAAUCGACCGAGAUGAUUGCAGGUUUUUGGUAUUCUGCAGACUCAUCUCUUUGAUACGGGCACCUGGGUAGAAAUUUUCGUCCCCUCCCAUACCUCGGAAAAAGUUUCUGACCACAAUUUAUGCAGAGCAAUACUAGUCAGAAUCCUUUGACCCUGCCGUCAAUGGACUGUAUGGUUGGGUGUUGAUACCCUGCCAUUGUCUUGGAGGGUGAGGCAUAUGUUUGUCGGCCUCAGCUACGGCACACGAUCGGAUAGCAAUAUCGGAAUGGUCUUCAGCGCAGUUUAGCACAUAGCGAUUAAACAACCUAGACGCCAAGCACCACGCGAAGUGCUGCUUCCAUGCAGCAGACCGGUCUGGCAAAACUGUAUUGGGGUAGAGCCCGUAGACACUGCCGCAUAAUAAUUGCGAACCGCCAUUAGGUUGGCUGUUUGUCCCUCCGUAUUCCAGGCCGAGUGAAGCCUCGGGUGCCGAGCUAGAACUGAUGAGACAAACUCAAGUCCUCUGGCACUCACGCCUCAGUCGCUGAUCUUAAUUCACCGUGUCCGCAGCAAGAGGUACGCUCAAACAUCUGGUAGUUGGUCGGUUAACAAUUACGCAAACUCGAAGGAACAGAAUACUAUACACUGGGGUGUGAGGACUUGAGCAGUAGCAUAGUACUUAAACAUGAUCAUGGGAAUAGUGCAGCGCAGACGUCUCCUGCUUGGCAAGUCAUGGGUCGCGCGGCGUCAAGGCACCGGUUAAUGAGAACCGGCAAUGUCAAGCCGUGUGUCGUAGUUCUGAGCGACCGGGCUGAUGCUUCGCUUCGUGCCACACGAGGGAUGGGCCAUUAACCCCGCCGGUCCUUGAGCCACCCUCGCCUCCCUCCCCUAUAACAGUUCAACUGCCGUUAUCGACGAUGUCAAUAAUGUACCUCAAAACAGGGUGGGCUUUGGGAUGGCGACCUGCGCGUGAGUUAGUCUAACGAUAGUCGACUUUCAGAGCGCCUACCGCACUCUUCCCUCACCCACCUGAACCUGGUGUCAAGACGAGUCAAGAAGGCCAGAGGCGGAGUUGACCACCGUGGCUGACAGUGCAGAACGGCCUGUUUGUGCCAGCUGCACGACCUGACCCCUGCAUAACACGCAAGGCCUUAACACAAAGGGAGAGGGCUGGUCUGGUCUCACAUGCGCUAGUGCCGUAGAAGUCACAUGCAGAGGCCGAUAAACGUGUCUCCACUUACGUGAGGGAUGCCUAUUCCGCACUUGUGGUGGGUGAUAAAGAGUAGGGUAUUGUGUAGUGUAUGCGGUAAGGGCGUUUAGGUCGGUGAUGGGUUACCUCAGAGUCUCAUGGAGGCCCAUGUGACCGAAUAGGCCCAUGCAGGAACUAAGUGUGCGUGGGUAGUGCGGACAGUUGGGGCUACGACGGCGGGUGUGUUGAUGCCCCUGGCUCUGGUUAGCCAGUGUACGACGGAUUCGCGAGUGACCGACCAGGCCGAUGGGCGAUGUGAUCGCAACGGGAGCUGCCUCCUGUCGAGUCAGCAUUGCUGUCAGUAAUGGCUGUCGGCACGUCGGUGGUGGGAGUGGGAGGGGUGACACUCACUGACGUCGCGCGAGUUGCGGCAGGUAUGAUGGAGAUGGUGGUUGACGACGGUAACCGGACAUUAGGAGUGCGAUCGUCGAUGGUGAUCCCCUGGGUAGGUGGAGUUGGUGCAGCUGUGUGGAUGGAGGCGUUUGUGGAGGCAGCAGGUAAAGUUGGGUUGUCGCUUUAGGCUCGUAGAUGUACAACAAGUCCGAUACGCUCGAGGAAUGUUUUUUGACAAUGUGGACUUGGAAUGGAUUGGCGUUGCGGGUCAGAAGUACUUGAUACCUAGGAGCCACCCUUUCGGCUUUGUUAGCAGUGGCCCGGUUAGCUUCGUAGAUAUCCACCGCUCUCUCCUAGGCCGUUAAAUCCUUAAGAGUCCCCCCCCCCCCAGGUCUCGGGGUUUAUUUGCAAUUACCAAAGAGAGGUUUUCAAGGUGUCCUUGUAGCGUCGUCUUUGCCUAUUUUGUCGGCGACCACACGUUGAGGCAUCCCCAUAGAAGUAUCGUUUGGGUGACGACAGUUCGACCGUCGAUUUCGACGAUGUCCACCGUGUGCCCCACAGCUGCAGCAGCGGUGGGAGCAGGGACGCUGACUUGCGCAGGGGUUUAUAGUGCCGGUAGACUUGCGCUGCAUCUACCUACACUCUCUCCUCCUCCCCCGCCUGGACCCGGUGUCAAGACAGAGUCAAGAAGACCGGAGACGAGCGAGGCCGCAGGUGGAUGGUUCGGACGGAUCCUCACCUUGGCGUUCCACCACACCCCCUGGUCCACACAACAAUAACCAGGAUUUCAACCAACACCACAGAGAUUUGGAGGCUGGCACGGCCGAAGCCGCACCUGGGCGUGCCGCCAACGCCUGGCUCGGAUCCCACACUGUGGUGGGAAUGGGGUGUAGGGGUGUCAGCGGUGGGUUCACGUGAAGGUCGUAGUGGUCGCUCACUUGCUUGCAGGUGAGACUACGCCUAGCGUCCACUUGCUGGCACUCAACUCUCACCUGUGGCUCCACGUAGCUGGGCUCUGCUCNUCCCUCACUCUCUACCUCCUAACACCAUCACCCAAUCAGACAUCAACCCCCACUCACCUCAUGCACUCAGCUGCCGCCUCCCACGCAAGUGGGAAGUGUGCAUCUCGACCCGGUCCCCAUGCGGCCUCGGCUGUACGGGUGACUUGUGUCCGAGACUAUCCCGACACUUCAAGUGUCGUGGAUAGGAAGGUUGCUGAUUGAGGCCCGCUCUCGGCUCACGCAGUCCGUCACGUUGUGUGUGUGUGUUGUGUGGAGUGGCGGACUGGUGGGCUGAGGACGGGCUGCAACAGCACCUUCCACGGCCCUCUCACGCAAGUGAGAGACACGCCGUUCAACCCCCGUUGUGUGAAAUCCUGGUGUUUGUGUGUGUAUGGGGGGCCAGGUCGUGCUGUGGCGCGCGCAGUCAUGGUCAGUCGACCAUGUCAGCCACCGCGCCCAUUCCCCACUCCAGUCUACUGACCGGCUCGGACAGUGGUUGGGGUGUGGGAAUGGGAAGGGAGAGUGAGGUCGACGACUCAGCGCAUUUUCCUCACUAUAAUCAAUCUGACGCGCUUGAAGCUAUCACGGUGCGCUAAAAGCCGUGGCUUGGAAGGUUGCCAACUGACGGGAUACCUUGGACCUCCUCCUUAACGGGAGGCGGUCUGAGAGUCAGGCUGCAAUGGCUCCAAUCGUUUGGGUAGGUGCUCCGUAGCUAUCAUCGCCAGGCGGCCGCUCCAGCGCAAUAGCACCAGCAUGGCGUAAAUGGUGGUGCGCUCGAGGACUUCUAUGCCUGGAAUUCUGUCUUGUUACUUCGACAUCAGAGUAUUCUUCGCAGACAGCGGGCCGUGGUGAUGAUGAUGAUGAUGAUGAUGAUGAUGAUGAUGAUGAUGAUGAUGAUGAUGAUCCAGUAGUUUCCGGUUGCAGAAGGUUUCUUUGUCGUGAUAAAAUUGCAGUAGAUUCCAGUGAAUUGCGUAUGGCCAACCACAUCUAUGUGUCUGGACGCCGUGGCGCAUUGUAAGCCGAUGAGACUUGUGUCGGAAUUACAGGUACCGGUUUGCUGGUUCUGUACGAUUUAGUAGUAAGUGGCCUGCCAGACCUAUGCGUGAUGGUAAAAUGCGAUUUCCAUGCUGAGAGGUUAGAACUGAGUCGACGGCGGUAGGGACAGUGAUUGGUGUUUUGAAGGUCGAUAGUGGUGCCUUCAUUGCUGUCGCUAGUGGUGACGGCAGCGAUUUUAUGUUUCUGGAUGGGGGGCGUUAGUCGUUUUAACAUUGUACUGGGUUCGCAAAGAUUCCGGUUGGUGCCUAGAAUCUCCGUUAGCAGUGUGGACACAGUGGGGGAGAAUUGAAUACUGACGUCUUCGGUCCGUCGUAGUGUCCUUUGCUGUCAUGCCGCUUAAUUUCACUUUACGCGGUAGAAACUCGAACAGAAAGAACCACUUAAUUGAAGUGGGUAAGGCACACGACCACAAACCUCUUGCAGACAGCGGAGUUCGAGGAUGCACCGCAAUGCAAAUACUUGGUUGAUGCAUCCACACCUCAUUCCGGGUUGGUUUGGAUCGACUUCCGUCUUUGAACCACAAGCAGUCUGAAACCGUCUGAGGAUGGUGACGAGGACGUUUGCUGGGAUGUUCAUGAGACUAUUACUACCAGCUGUAGAGAUCCUCGCUGUGAUGUGCAUUUGCGUGCCUACAAAGCGCUAAACGAGGACUGCCUCCAGGUGGUAAUCUACCGGUAUCAAACAGUCCAAGCAGUUCUUUCCGUUCCACUUUUCCGUCUCUAUCCGACGUUCGGAUGACCUACACAGAUUUCGGCUGACCGGAAUAUAUGUUGGUCAGCAUGGCUCACUGAACCGAAACCCACGAGCACCAAUUCUCUCGUCUGUCCCGUGGGUUUUACCUUUAACCCGGCUCAUUAGAUUCCCUGUCUUCGGUCAUUCUGCAUGAUGACGUUACGACGGUUACUUCGAUUUAUUCCGGCCCAUCAUGGCAGAACAAGGACCGAAGUCCGUGUGAGUAGUGAAGAGAGGAAUUUCCUGCGCACCAGAUUUAGCAUCCGUCAUAACCAUGUUCUCUUAACUACUGUCUUCAGAUACGCGGCGAACUGUGUUCUGCAGCGCGCGCUGGCAAAUCACCUCGGUUACACCGAAUCGUAGUUUGUGAAUCACGGCCCCGGACUUACACUGGGGACGCCGGCUUGCUGGCAGUUCCUUUGCGGGUGCGUGGAGUGCGGUGUCCAAGGUCGGUGCGAACUCUGUACUUAGACACGAGGACGACAACCUAAAUUUCUUUGUUGGAGGUGCCGUCCCAGUCACAAUAAACGCUGAGAGUUUUGACCUAAAGGACUGAUUCUGUUACUCUGCAUAGAAAUCUCUGCCAAACGACCAAGGUAAGAACUAAAUAGAUCAGCGCAUCCGGUCCGAACUCGAACUUCGACGUCUUGAAAACCUCCGGAGUCGAUGUGACGUAAGCGUGGGCACCAAGCUGCAAGUAUUCGAGGUCGCCACCAAGAAAAUUCUUAUGUACGGGUGAGACAGUCUACUUGAUUAGAAGACCUCCACCUCCCGAUAAUAUUCGAUCGACAGUGCCUACAUUUAUUUCCUUGAACUGACCUCGAAUCGCGUCUAUAACCUGCGGCCAGGAAUCCAGCAUGUCAACUACGGCACCGUUUCUCGCAAACUAGAAUGGUUUGCUCUUGUGUCGUGCCAAACGGAGGAUGAGGUCCUUCAGAAUGUCAUCUUCCCAGAAACCUGCCGCGAAUGUCGACGGCGUCCUGAUGGUCAACCGGAGACAUGGCCGGAUGUGGUUAGGGCUGUCCUUUCGCGUGUCUCCAGCCCUGUGGUUUUCGUUCUGCCGGGUUGGUGUGUCAGCCGACCCUGAAGUCUACUCCCAGCGGACAGCACCGUGGAAGGGUCAGUAAUGACGGUCAUGACGAAUGCUUUCCAACGUGAGCAUUCUCGUCGAAUUCUCCUAAGGUCGGCACUUAUACUUCAAUCAUUCAGCUUCUAUCCAAGCCACCUUUAUUUUUCUGCUCCUUCGCUAGCACCAAUACAUAAGAAUGCUCUGUCGCCGCUAUUGGUUUGGUCAGAUUCUGGUCAAUGAGUCAUCGCCCAACAGCAUAAUUGGAAUAGUGCAUAUCUGACAGAAGCUUAGUACCACCAAAUAAGGUUGCGAAUAGUCUCCGUAUAUAAUCAUUAGAGGACUAACUACUGCUGUUGUUUAGUUCUACAACAUCUCUAUGCUGUUUACAAGCGGAAAAAUGAAAUAUUCCGCACUUACCUGGUAGGACCAUAAUUUCGUUGAGACGUGUCCUUAUUCGAAGAACGAUCAAAUCGUCCUCUGGGUCAAGGUCUCGGAUAACGUGCUGUGUGAUGGCCCUCAGCUCCUCAGUGUGACGAGUAUACUGCAGCGAUGUGGAGUUGUCCAUAUUUGAACGUACAGGGUUACCCUCCGAAUUUAUUAAGACCAGCCCCUGGACAUUCUUGUGAUUCUGUAUUCUCUCGAUUCUCAGCAACAUAUCGGCGUUGGCGUCUGGGGUCCCGCUGUUGGUGGUCAUUUUCUAAGAGGCUACUUGUUCCGGAGUAGGUGGCAUGCGUGGCUCACCCCCUCCAGAUAUAUCGAUUAACUUAUUUGAAAUGAUAAAAGCCGAUUCGCUCUCGGACGACAGGCGUUCGAUGCCGUGGGACGUAGCCGGCGGCGUAUCAGUACCAGAAUGUAGUCAAAGUUCUCUGAUCCAAGGAUAUUGUCUACAGUGUAUCUCAUUGAUUUGCGUCGACUAUCAGCUUUCGAUGCCGAAACACCAUCCUCCCUUUUUCACAAUACUGACCAUCAUAGUUUUUACAAAUCUUGCUCGCGUGCAAGUUACGUUUACUCUGCAGUUCCCGCUUAAUUUCCACAACGUUGGCAUCAUUAUGUCCAUUGCGCGGAUCAAAUUCAAAAAUAGGAUGCGUUUGUCAUAUCCAUGUGACGUGUGAUAGCACCUUACGUCACCAGUCUUAUCGGUUUGCCAGAUUUCUCGGGUCCGCGUUAUGGUUGCGGGUCUUUUGAAACAAGACCUAGACAGGGGGGGGGAAAGAAUUCGACGCACGAGAUAUACAUCCCGGCACCAUCCCCCAGGAAUUGGACUUUCGGUUCGCGAAGUACCUUAAGUCAUCAGCACCGCACAGGUUUGGAUGACAGAUUGGACAUGCGGUUCUGGCAUCAGUGUCGAUGCAGUUGUCUGCAGCUUCCUCCUUUUCCUGCCUACUUCAUUACCGUCUCUGCACCCGAUUAUAUAGGACAAAACGGGAUGUUAUUCGUUAGACAAACGAUAUUUUGGAUGUUUCACAAGACUGUAAAGUUCAGCUUUUGAUCUCUUGACUAUUAUUGUCCCAUGUGGGUGAGGCAGAACGGACCUGUCAAAUAAAUCUUUUACGAUAAGUAAGAGCCCUCCAGACCCCAAAAUGCUCUUAUUUCGGUCGACAUACUUCUUCAACUCCAUCCCCUAAUAGAUUUUCUAAAAUAUAAACAUUGAAGAGUUUUUCCUGCCCUGAGUAAAUUAUGUGUGGUCGUUGGAGGGAAUGCGCUUUGAUGAACCAAAUCCUAUUCGAACUGAUGUUUCGCGAACUUUCUCGUUUCCAUCAUAAAAGUAGCGCACUUGUUGCUCUUUCUGGUCUUGAUUUAUUCAGCCCUGCUCUUUGCCUCCUAUUAUGGCUGUACUCGAUGCACGAACUUUGACCUGCCCGUUUGCUGCUGACUAGCUUUGACCUUCCUGAGGCUGACCACUGGCGGGCACGCGUGGCCUUUGUCCCCCUUAGGGUCGGCGUAGUUGUGGCCAAGUCAGAGUGCCUGUCGGUGAACCGAUCAGUCGUUGCUGUUCGUGUAGGUUGUUUUCAGCCUCGCGGGCUCACCGGUGAGGCAGUGUUCGAUGUUGGGCACGUGACCUCCGGCCGUCAUCCCCCCUCUUCCGUGAGCGUCGGUUCUCGGUUCCGCGUGGUCGCCUGUCCUAUUGGUCCUGUCCGAACUGGUUCGAGCCCUGUACGUAACGGCUGGUAGGGGGGAUGCAGGUCUGUAGCCUGCUUGAUAGUUCCAGCCGAGGACCAACUUUCGAGCACCAAUCUGGUGGUCUUCUCACUGGCACAGUCAAUCAGCCUCGCUGUCUCAAAACCCUAAACUGUUGUUCAUCUGCAGUAUUUGGCCAUAGACCAAGGAAAGCUUGUCCUUCCGGUCGAUUGCAAGUUGGUGUUCGUGCAGUCUUGUGUCAAGGCGUUUACCCAUGUCGCCAACAUACCUCGCAUCGCAAUUUUGGCAUGACAUGCUGUAGACCACUGUGAUAAUUCUAUUACUGGUAGCGGGUCUUUCGGCCUCAUGAUUUGCUGUCUGCUUGCUGAUUCCUGUUAAUGAGCCAUGCCAAUCCCGAAAGGUUUAAUGAUUCCCGCAGCCGCCCCUGAAACUUGCUUCGAAUAGGUGUUUGAGAGCCAGAACUUCGGCUUUUCUCGGCUCGAUCGUUCAAAAUGAGAUUUCUUAUGGUACCUGCAUAUGAAGGACUUCGGAUAACCUUUGACGUCAAAUAGGGCGUGUAACCAAUUCAUCUCCUCUCUCCCGCUGCCAUAACCACAGAGUGUUUGAAGGCUUUGGAAGAGGGUUCUGACACAACUUCGUUUGUGACUAACGGAGUGGUUGCUUUGGAAGUGGAGGAUGCGCCUAGCGUUGGUUGUCCUACGAUUAACCGAUGUUUUUAUCCUCCUUUCUGCCACCUCUGUAACUUGUGCGUCAAUACGGACAAAACGGCGGUCAUCCGUCGACCGUCACCAAAUGCUGAAUACAACGUCCCUUUACCCACGUCAAAGACACUGACCUGAAGACCGUGGACAACUUCACCUACUUAGGCAGUGCAGUGUCGCGCUGCUUCCGAAUCAGCAACAAAGUGAUGCACUGUAUCCCCGAAUCCAACCAAAUCUUCGGCCGACUGCAGAACUCCGUGUGAAGUCGCCACGGCCUUCACCUAAGCACGAGGCUGUAGAUGUACAAAGUUGUCAUUUUGACGAUGCUGUUGUAUGAAGCGGAAGCCUAGACAGUUCACGAAAAGCAAGCGCGGAAGCUCAAUCAUUUCCACCUUAGUUGUCUCCGAUAGAUAUUCAAGCUGCUACGGCAGUAUAGGAUUCUGUACAUGGAAGUUCUCGAACGAAAAGGAAUUCUCAGCAGCCGAAACAACUGUGACUACGUUGGGGUGGCCAUCUCGUGAGGAGGGAAAAUACAUGUUUACCAAAACGAUUCUUCUAUGGUGACAUCGCCAAGGGUGGCCGGCGGCAAGCAGGUCAAAUCCACCACUACAAUGAUACCAGGAAAAACUCCUUGAAGCGUCUAUCUAUCAACCCCAAAACUUAGGAGGAUGUCGCACAAAACCGGCCAGCCUGGAGAAUUUCAGUGGAAACUGGAGCGGUGAUCUACGAAGAAAACAGUAUCGCCACCGCCAAAGCCAAAAGGGAGGUUCGCGAGUCACAAGUGUCUCGACUCCUCAAUAGCAACAGCCAGUCACUUCCGACAUGUUUGUGAUGACACGCAUAUUCGGCCUCGUAGGACACCUUCGGAAGCAAUGCAUAAACAAGCCGGUAACGUCAAGCCUUCCUCCCACGAACACCCCUACUGUCGCCCCUGCCGCAAGCCUGGCGAUGACGGUCACCCCAUCACCGGUGAUCACGCUGUUGAUGCCCUGUCGCCAUCGAUCUCCGGCACUAUUCGCCCGGCUCCAACCUCUGCGUUGAUCACAGUGACCAGCUCCAACAACAUCACGAUCUCUCGCACUCCUCCCAUCGACCGGACGAAGCCCGGCGUCCUAUCACCUUCCACCAUCACCACCAACACCCCCACCUCCAGCGAUGUGGACUCAGCCCCAACCUGUCCUCAUUGCGACCGCGCAUUCACUUCACGCUUCGGCCUGAUCGGUCACUUGCGAAUCCAUCGCCCGGAGACUGGAGAACCAGUGUCUGGAGCACCAACAUGCACCAGAGGCACUCUCCUCAACUUCCUGCCUUUCCAUCGCACAUUAAGCCAUCUCAUUGGCCUGCUAGGUCACAUCUGCAUUCAUGAGAACCUGCGGUAA